GCGUAAGAACGUGCUGCCAUGCUGCUUGUGCGUGCGCUUUCUCACCCCCUUGUAGAUUCGUUAGGACCCGCCUUGCGACUCGAGGUUGGGAGCUGCCACAACCAUGUCGCGCAUUGCUACUAGCUUCACGCUCAUUCUCUCACUCCUUUCUACGUUCUCCAUUCCUGCUUCGUGCGCGACCACGCAGCCCAGAAAUGUCGCUACGCUCGCAGUAUGCAAAGAGAUAGCCUCGACCGUUUCUUCCGCGUCUGAGAUCUGGUCCCGCCCAGUGGAACUCUACUACACAGAGGACAACUAUCAUUGGGCGCAAUCGAGCUCCCAGGUAUCUGAUGGCUGUGCACAGAUCAACUUAUUGGCGCGUACACAAACACCGUUCGGGGUGAAAGGCGGUGGUCACAGCGCCAACCCGGGUUUCUCGUCGACCACCGGCGUCCAGAUUGCCAUGGCACGCUUUAACAACGUGACAUACGACGCAUCCGCGGGAACCGCGACGAUAGGCGCGGGCCUCAUCUGGGACGACGUCUAUGCAGAGCUCGAGCCUUACAACGUGAAUGUCGUCGGCGGCCGUGUAACUGGCGUCGGUGUGGCCGGCUUCACCUUGGGUGGAGGCUUCUCUUUUCUCAGCAACCAGUAUGGCUUGACCGUUGAUACUGUACGGGCUUUCGAACUAGUGCUGCCCAACGGCACGAUCACCACUGUCACCGAAUCGAAUCCCGACCUAUUCUGGGCUUUGAAGGGAGGAUUCAACAACUUCGGCAUCGUGACCCAGUUCAUCUUGGAAGCAUACCCACAAGGCCAAGUUUGGGGUGGCGCUAUCAUCACUCUGGGCGAGCUCGACGCCGUCACAAAUGCCACAGCCAACUUCUACGCCAACGUAGCUGACCCUAAGGCGUCAAUCCUUACUACCCUAAACUGGGACCUCGGUAUAACGGCUGUAGAGGUGAACUUGUUCUACGAUGCACCAACACCACCGGACGGGAUCUUCGACGAAUUCUUGGCGAUGCCUUACCUCACUCGCGAUGUCAGCACUCGUUCGUUCUUGUCUCUCGUUUUAACCGCACCUAGCAAUGCAACUUUCGGCCUCCGGGGAUACUUCGAAACUGUGUCGAUCACAGACAUCACCCUUCCUUUGCUCGAUGCCAUAGUGAAUGAGACUGAGUACUGGUCCACCACUUUGGCAGCUGAGGUCCCUGGCCUCUUCGUCAGCUACGACAUCGAACCGUUCUUACCGAGCAUCUACUCGCACGGCUCACCGUCCGCAUGGCCUCCUACCCGCUCUCAGGGGUUCAUGCCCAUCAACAUCUACUACGCCUGGUCACUGGAGGCCUCGGACUCACUCAUCAACAGCGUCAUGCAGGAGAGCGCGCGUUACCUCACCCAGGUAGCGAUCAGUCAGGGUCAGGACGUGGCCAACACGCCGCACUACCCGAACUAUGCCAUCUACGACACCGCGCUCUCUACCAUGUAUGGCGACAACGUCGCAAGUCUGCAAGCUAUCAAGGCCCAGUACGACCCGGACAACGUUAUGGCGCUCGCGGGCGGCUGGAAGUUUUGAAAGCAGGCUGUAGACUCUAUACUUAUUGUUCUCUAAUCAUCCGCCGUUCGAGUUGGACGUCGAUACUUACAUCGGGACGCUUGCUAUGUUACAGACAUUUGUCACAGUGAGUCGCCAUACUGUCUUCAAACUGACACGGCUAUGCGGUUCGACAACGCAUGCAUCUUUUGCGUUCUCCACCGGUGCAUCCGUCUUACCCGAGGCGGUCGCCAAUCGAGCAUGACCGCAGUGCAUUCAAGUAGGUUGACCAGCCUUUCCACAACCUGCAGGCGCUCUAGACCCUAGAGAGCGUGAAUCGCC